UAAAUGAAAUGGUAGUUACAUCCACACAAGGGGUAGAAGAAGAUAUCAGGGCCAGUUGCUGUAACUAAAGUGAAGAAGAAGCGCAGCAUUGUGAGCGGAUAGUGGUUGUCCGUGGGUGGCUGAAAAUUAACACGAAAUAGACUUUGAAGACACACUAGUUUCUAAAUUCAGUGGAUGCUGAAUCCAGGCUAUCCAGGUUCAAGUUAAGGAAUUUGAUCUCUUAAGUGAACAAACCAAACCUGUUCAAGCAUUUGAGACACACGAAGAUACAAACCGGUGUACUUGGGAUCUAAUCAUGUCUCGCCGAAGGAGUCGCAGCCCAUCACCAGGGCGCUAUUCGCGCUCCUGCAGCAGUAAUGAUCCUAGAGAUUUGGAGAGGAGGAUUUUUGUUGGGAAUUUGCCGACCUCCGACAUGGAAAAGAAGGAUUUGGAAGACCUCUUCAGCCCAUACGGGAAGGUAGUCGGCGUAUCCAUGUUUCGUGGGUUCGGAUUUGUACAAUUUGAACGCAUUGAGGAAGCCGAAGCUGCAAAGGCGGCCCAAAAAGGUCGAAUAUAUAAAGGUUAUAAAAUAGAUGUAAAUAUGGCAGUGGAGCGACGGCAAGCUAAACCUCAAUCCCAGCAGAGCCCUCCACGAAGGGCCCCGUACAGCACCUACGGGGACAGCAAAGAGCCCCGACCUCGGUCUCGCUCACCUGUUUAUGGGCGUGAUGGACGUGAGCCUCGGGACAGCCGUGAUGGGAGGGACUCCCGGGAGCCUCGACCAGGUGGCCACUCUCGUGACCCUGAUUACCGGUACCGUAGCUCAGAGAGCAGAGACAAGGACAUCAGAGGUGACCCACGGGAUUCUGCUUACAGAAGCGAGUAUGACAGAUACUACCGUAGUGGCAGUGGUGCAGAAGAUUAUUACAGGAGGAAGGACGAGGCCUACAGGGAUGCUUAUGGAGAUCCCUGGAAUGGACGUCGUGAGCCAGAAGAGGAGCGUCUACGACCAGAAGAACGCCGGCGUAAUGAACUGUAUCGCCAGUACUAUGAAGAACUUCAGCGACGUCAUGACGCUGACCGUCCUGUCGACUGCUCUGUAAUUGUUGUCAACAAAGCCCAAAAUAGGGAGUAUGCUGAGACGGUUGGGCGGAAGGUCCGUGACUUGGGAAUGGUGGUGGAUUUGAUCUUCCUCAACACAGAAGUGUCUCUAACUCAAGCACUGGAGGAUGUAGGCCGAGCUCGUACUCCUUUUGCCAUCAUCAUAACCCAACAACACCAGGUGCAUCGGUCCUGCACUGUCAAUAUCCUGUUUGGCACACCUCAAGAGCAUCGAAACAUGCCCAUGCAGGACGCCAUGAUGCUGGUUGCCCACAACUAUGACACCUACAAAAUCGAAAACCGUGAAAAAGAACGUGAGGAGAUAGCCAGAAAGGCUGCGAAGAUGGCAGACGAUGUGUUACUCAGAGAGCCUGACCGAGAGAGCCACCCAGUCUCCUUACUUACUAGCAUCACACUAUUGGCUGAAAAUAGAUUUGUGACUCCAGACGAGUUGGACAGUCUGAUUGCAUACCUGAAGGACAAAAGAGCUCGGCUGGUACGAAGCACAGCAGAUCCCCUUGCAGCUCCAGUCCAUGUUGGGCCUCCUCCAGCAGUACAUCAUGAAGUUCCCUCUUCAGCUGCAGCACUCCCUCCUUCAUCUACUCACACACCCCCACAGUCAGGUCAUCUCAGUCUGUCAGCGGGUUCAAGCACCUCGGCUAAUCCGAGUCACCAGCAGGAGCUGCAGGCUAAAAUCCUCAGUCUGUUCAACAGUGGCAGCGGGCAGUUAGCAGGCACUACUGGCCUCUCCUCUGCACCCUCACAGUCACACUCAUAUGGAUCUCUUGGCCAGUCUCCUUCCCAAAACCCAUCCCGCCUACCAAUGCCAGGUCCUCCUGCACCUGCAUCUCAGGGGUACGCAAACCCUCCAGGCCGAAUGCCAGUUGCCACCAGUGUUCAGAGACCCCCUGCUUCUGCUUCAGGCAUCAAUUUUGACAACCCGAGUGUCCAGAAAGCUCUUGACACACUCAUUCAGAGUGGACCCUCUCUCAACCAUCUGGUGAGUAGUGGGGCCUCUCAGCAGCAAGCCCCAAGACCAUCACCCAGCAUGGGUCAGGCCCCACCUGUGUCUAUGUACCCCCGACACUACUGAAAAGCUGUAGAACCCUGAAUUAUUAUUUUUUUUCCCUCCGAUGCCACACUCUUUCCUGUGCAGUGACUUUUCUUGCUUAGUAUCAGUAGACUGUAGGGAUGUUUUUGUAAAACCUUUUAAUCUCUUUUCCUCCAUUGUGUUCAUAAAAUGUGAAGACUUUUUUGCAGCUGUUGGCCAGAAAAUAAUUAUUCAGUCUUGUUAUGAGUUAACGUUAUGAAGUAAAUUUUGCUCACUGACGGAAUUCUCAGUUCUUUUCCAACUAUUGUCUUAUAGUUUUACAGUCUUUUAAUUUGUAACAUUGUUUUUUUCAUGAACAAAACAAGACAUAAUUAAAAACUCGGACACAAUUCCUGUAAUAAAA